AUGAAGACACAGCAGCGGGCAUCCCCCGCAGUACCCACGGCCGAUAUUUGGGAGUUCCUCUUUGAGCGGCCAUCGCUCCCUUUUCCUCCAGAUCAUGUGAUCUUUCGUGCCGCCACCACCGACGACAAAUGGACUUACAAGGGACUUCGAGAUCGUGCCGAGCAAUUCGGACGUGCACUACAAUCCAGCUGGCGAUGGAGCAAAGAUGAUGUCCUCAUGGUGAUCGGUCCGAACGACAUCGAUAUCCCGCCUGUUAUCUGGGGAUGCCAUUAUGCGGGCGGCAUCGUGGCCCCCGUUAAUCCAGCUUUAUCCGUUCAGGACCUUCACCGGCAGAUCGAACGUAGCGAAGCGCGCGGACUCGUGGUUCAUCCGGACUGUCUUCCUGUUGCCCUCAAGGCUGCCCGGAUUGCGAAUAUUCCCAAAGACCGUAUCUUGGCCCUCCGCUCUAACCGAGAUCAAACGACCAGCGAUGCUACAUCCACUGUGGACCAAUUCAUCGCAAACGCCCAGGUGGCUUCGGAUAUGAUAAGCUCACGUCCAAAAAAUCGAUUCGCAAAGGGACACUGCUUUCUUAGUCUACUCGUCUGGGACUACGGGGCAUCCUAA